AUGCAAACUUUGACACAAAUUUUCCAACAACAUUCAAUGUUUGUCGCAAUCGCGUCUUGCCCUUAUUGCCAAGUUGUUGACGUCUUUGAUUCGUUCUCCGCCAAAAAAAGAAAAGUAACAAAAAGACGAAAACGCACAGAAACUGGUUGGUCGCUGGAAUUUACAAAAACAAAAAUCACGAAAGAAAACUGUUUUAACUUUGGAAAAGUUGAACCUGAAAUGCGUUACAUAAAGGAAUAA